AUGGCUGGCCGGCUGACCGCCCGUACAUCUGGCCAGUUCCGUGCAGAGCGUGAUACAUUUGGCGAGCUUCAGGUGCCCGCGGACCGGUACUGGGGUGCGCAAACUCAGAGGUCGCUACAGAACUUUGACAUCGGUGGUCCGACUGAGCGGUUACCGCCUCCCCUCAUCAAAGCAUUCGGUAUCCUGAAGAAAGCCGCGUCGGUCGUCAACGCGACCUACGGGCUGGAUCCCAAAGUUGCAGGCGCUAUCCAGUCCGCUGCAGAUGAAGUCAUCUCGGGCAAGCUCAUUGACCAUUUCCCCCUCGUGGUAUUCCAGACGGGCAGCGGCACGCAGAGCAACAUGAACGUCAACGAGGUUAUCUCCAAUCGUGCUAUUGAGAUCUUGGGUGGUGAGCUUGGAUCGAAGAAGCCAGUCCAUCCCAACGAUCACGUUAAUAUGAGUCAGAGUAGCAACGACACGUUCCCGACAGCAAUGCACGUUGCCGCCGUUAUGGAGCUGCACCACACGCUUCUUCCUGCCUUGGUAGAACUGCGGGAUGCGUUGGCAGCGAAGGCUGACGCAUUCAAGGACAUCAUCAAGAUCGGUCGCACGCACUUACAGGACGCGACGCCGCUCACUCUAGGCCAGGAAUUCAGCGGAUAUGUUCAGCAGCUGGAUAACGGAAUUGCCAGGGUGAAGGACGUUAUCCCUAGACUAAGCCUGCUGGCACAAGGUGGGACGGCGGUUGGCACUGGCCUGAACACUAAGAGGGGGUUCGAUGUGAAGGUGGCGGCUGAGAUCUCUAAGCUCACUGGGAUUGAGUUUAAGACUGCGCCCAACAAGUUUGAGGCCCUUGCGGCUCACGACGCCCUCGUUGAGGCACACGGAGCUCUCAACGUGCUCGCGGUAUCCUUCAUGAAAAUCGCGAACGACAUCCGCUUCCUCGGUUCCGGUCCUCGCUGUGGUCUUGGCGAGCUCAUGCUGCCCGAGAACGAGCCCGGCAGCAGCAUCAUGCCCGGAAAAGUCAACCCGACCCAGUGCGAGGCACUGACCAUGGUUGCUGCGCAGGUAAUGGGCAACAACACCACGGUCAGCGUCGCGGGUAGCAAUGGCCACUUUGAGUUGAACGUGUUCAAACCGGUGAUAAUCAAGAAUGUCCUCCAGAGCAUUCGGUUGCUGGGUGAUGGCGCACGCUCGUUCACGAAGAACUGCGUUGUCGGCAUCCAAGCCAACAAGGCUCGCAUUAACCAGCUGCUCAACGAGUCUUUGAUGCUGGCUACGAUCCUCAACAGCCAUCUAGGCUACGACAACGUCGCCAAGUGUGCGAAGAAGGCUCACAAGGAGGGCACGACGCUGAAGGAGGCGACGGUUUCUCUUGGUUUCCUGACGCCCGAGGAAUUCGACCAGAAGGUGCGGCCAGAACUGAUGCUGCACCCCGACGAGCCGUGA